AUGGAAUAUAUCCGUGGCAAGUGUAAAGCUACACCAGAAGAUGCUAUUAGCAUCUUGCCAGAGGGUGUGAUAACUAAUAUUCUUGAUUGCUUACCGAUACAAGAUGCAGUGGGGACUAGUAUCUUGUCGAGAAAAUGGAGGUAUAAGUGGACUGCACUCACUCAGCUCGUAUUUGAUGACAACUUUGUUGAGCAAUUUAGAAGAGGCAGUGAUUUUAUACAAUAUGGAAGAAUAAUAAGUAGACUUCUUCUUCAUAUUAGAGGCAACAUAAGAAAGUUUGUCCUCUAUAUGCCAUAUUGUUACUAUUCGAGGAUGGAUUUUGAGGAUAUUAAUAAUUGGAUUAUGUUAUUGUCCACAAAAGGGAUAAGGGAGCUCACUCUUAUAAAUAUGCAUGCAGAACCAUUUGAGUUAUCCACCCAUCUUUUAUCCUGCACGGAUUUGAAACAUUUAACGCUCCAGAACUGUUAUUUACGCCAUAUGACUAUUUUUUGUGGUUUUCCAAAUCUUUUGGAGUUGGAAUUUAAUCGAGUAAGGUUUAAAGACAGCAAAAUUGGGGAACUGAUAACUUCGUGUACAUUCCUUGAGGUUCUGAAACUCAAUACUGCCAAACGGACAGGCAAUAUUGUGAAACUUUUUGAGAUUGCGAAACUUCAAAAUCUCAAACUUUUAUCCUUGACGUUAUAUGGACUUGACAACCUAGCGUUCACAGCUUCGGAUAUUUUUCAGCUAAUGGCUUCUCUUCGGAAACUUCAGACUCUUGCUUUGGAUUUUGAAAAUUUCAAGUUCAUGGAAGAAAAUACUGCUGGAAAGAGGGCCUUGUCCGCUUUACCUAGCCUCAAGUCUCUUUCAUUGUGGAAUUUGAAUUUGAGCAGUCGCUCAAUGGUCAUAUUUGCUUUUGACUUGAUUCAAUUCUCCCCAAAUUUGCAGACUCUUAAGAUCAUGGCUGAAUACCAGUAUCCUCCGUGGUUAGUUCCUCUUACUUCUUUGGAAGUGGAAAGCUUUAUAAUGGGUAACCUGAAGAGGCUUCAGAUUGUGGAGUAUGGAUCUAUUAUAGACUCAGAGAUUGAACUAUGUUUAAUCAAGUCUCUACUUGCUAAUUGUUCCUUGUUAAAGAAGAUGGUUAUUUAUUGCGACAAAAGCCGUCAUAGAUCUUCUUAUCUCUUACACCUUGCUGACAAGCUAUUAGCAUUUCCUCGAGCCUCCCCCAUAGCUACAAUGAAUCUCAAGGAUGACUGUGAUCGGCCUAAAGCUACUUAG